CCCUGCGCCCACUUCCGGGGCGGGUCUGCGGGGCCCGGAAGUCGUUAGGGAACUCGGCCGAGAAUAAGGCUUCUAAAUCGUUUGCUGUCGUUUUUCCUCACUCGCUGGUCCUGGCACUGCCACCGCUCCCGCCGCCAUGGGGAAACGGCAGCAUCAGAAGGACAAGAUGUACAUUACCUGUGCUGAAUACACUCACUUCUAUGGUGGCAAGAAACCAGAUAUCCCACAAGCAAAUUUUCGUCGCUUACCUUUUGAUCACUGCAGUCUCUCUCUGCAGCCCUUCGUCUACCCAGUCUGCACCCCCGAAGGAGUCGUCUUUGACUUGCUUAACAUCGUCCCUUGGCUUAAGAAGUAUGGGACCAACCCCAGCAAUGGAGAGAAGCUGGAUGGGAGGUCCCUGAUCAAGCUGAACUUUGCAAAGAACAACGAAGGAAAGUACCACUGCCCAGUGCUAUUCACCGUGUUCACCAACAACACCCACAUCGUAGCUGUCAAGACCACGGGCAAUGUCUAUACCUAUGAGGCAGUGGAGCAACUAAAUAUCAAGGCCAAGAACUUCCGAGACCUGCUGACAGACGAGCCCUUCUCUCGGCAGGACAUCAUCACCCUCCAGGACCCCACCAAUUUGGACAAAUUCAAUGUCUCCAACUUCUUUCAUGUGAAGAAUAACAUAAAAAUAACAGAUCCUGAUGAAGAAAAGGCCAAACAGGACCCAUCUUAUUAUUUGAAAAAUACAAACGCCGAGACCCGAGAGACGCUGCAGGAGCUCUACAAAGAGUUCAAAGGGGACGAGGUUCUGGCUGCCACCAUGAAAGUCCCAGAGAAGAAGAAAGUGGACAAGCUGAAUGCUGCGCACUAUUCCACCGGCAAGGUCAGCGCCUCCUUCACCUCCACUGCCAUGGUUCCAGAGACUACGCAUGAAGCAGCUGCCAUCGAUGAGGAUGUGCUGCGCUACCAGUUUGUGAAGAAGAAGGGCUAUGUGCGGCUGCACACCAACAAGGGCGACCUCAACCUGGAGCUGCACUGCGACAUGACACCAAAAACCUGUGAAAACUUCAUCAAACUCUGCAAGAAGCAGUAUUACGAUGGCACCAUCUUCCACAGAUCCAUCAGGAACUUUGUGAUCCAGGGGGGAGACCCCACUGGCACAGGCACAGGUGGGGAGUCGUACUGGGGAAAGCCCUUCAAAGAUGAAUUCCGGCCCAACCUCUCACACACGGGCCGGGGUAUCCUCAGCAUGGCCAACUCGGGGCCCAACACCAAUAAGUCUCAAUUCUUUAUCACCUUCCGCUCCUGCGCAUACCUUGACAAGAAGCACACUAUCUUCGGGCGGGUUGUUGGGGGCUUUGACACACUGACAGCCAUGGAGAACGUGGAGAGUGACCCCAAAACUGACCGCCCUAAGGAGGAGAUCCGCAUUGACUCCACCACGGUGUUUGUGGACCCCUACGAGGAGGCUGACGCUCAGAUUGCUGAGGAGCGGAAGAAGACGCAGCUCGAGGAGGUGGCCCCAGAAAGCACAGUGAAAACAAGCCAGCCCAAGCCGGGGAGCCAGGGCCCCCAGACGUACCGCCAGGGGGUGGGCAAGUACAUCAACCCGGCAGCCACGAAACGUGUAGCAGAGGAAGAGCCCUCAACCAGUGCAGUUGUCCCUGUAGCCAAGAAAAAACCCAGCCGAGGUUUUGGGGACUUCAGCUCAUGGUAGCAGCAGCCUGUGCCAGCCUGGUUUCCAUGCUUCUGACCUUGACACGGCUACCUCGGCCUUCCCAAAGUGCCUCUGCAGAAGGGUGGGGACAGCUGCCGCCUCCCACUGUCUGUCUCCUUUGGCCCCAAGGCUGUCCACUCCUCACACCCACUCCUGAGGCCUAUGGUCUAAAGGUCAGCACAGGCCACCACUCUUUCCAGCUUGUCCUUGGUUCUUCCCCUCACCCAAACUUCAAAUUCCAGAACAUGCUGGGGGGGGCUCUUCUUUUUCCAUCUCUGAUGCUGAACCCCAGGUCUAAGCCCCUUAUCUCUCACCUGCAUCUGUUCAAGCCCCUUGUGCAUAUCCACACAGGUCAUAUCUGUGUCACCCGCCUAAAGCUCAUCAGCCUGUGGUCAUCCUGCUUCAGGCCUGCCACCAGCUUUCCUCUGUGCUGAGAACAAGGCUGAGCCCCACAGGCACCCUGUGCCUCUGCAAUCCCUUGCGUGUGAUCAUAGCUGGAACCAGGGACCUGGGCUCUAGGGAGUUACCUGUCAGCCUCUGCCUUUGGCCCUCAUCCCUCUUCAUGACCUCCUCACCACUACCCUCCCAAUUAGUGAAGGGCUUACACUCCAGUGUUUGUGCCUGAAAUGUAUCCCAAGAGUCUGGUUCACCCAGGAGGAGAGGGCUGGAUGCAGUGACAGCCAUGUAAACGCACUUGCAGGCCACUGACUAGUCGCUCGUGGACUCCGGGUACGUGGGGGUGAAGAGGGAGUCCCAGAGGGCUCCUAACCCCUCAGCGUUCAGGAGGGGUGAGCUCAAGUUAGGCGUUCUCGGGCUACGUGCACAAGCCCAACUGGUAGGAGCCCGGUGACACAGAGCUCUAGGAGACAGUGGGCCGCAUGGCCCCACAUGGGACCGGAGCCGCAGCAGGGAAAGCUCUGUUGCCUUAUGCCCGGACUCACUAAGGCCCGCCCAGCAAGGACCAUGGGUAGUCACAGCCACAUUCCCCUGUGGCCCACACCCAGGACUACCUGCCUCUCCACCUCAAGGAACAGGAGGACCCCACAUGGGAGAAGCCAUGGACAAUGAGAACUGUGGGAAUCCAGGGCCCCCAGUGCCCACAACAGGAGGUGCUACUGGGAAGGACACAUCUGACAUUGGAAGCUUUAUUUUUGAACCUCACACGGACACAGAGGACAGAGGGCUGGACGCAGAGGCUGAAGGAGGCUUGUGCACGUGAGCUUGACAGUCCUGCUCCAAGGGGCAAACCUUCGGGCUGUUGUCCAUUGGUCCGUCCCUCCAGCUGCACCCAGUGACCACAUGCACCUGGCCCAAGGCAUGGCCAGGCCACUCUGGGCUGCAGAUCCACCCAAGAGCCUUUGACAAAUGAGGGUUUACAUUUCUGUAGGUCAUUUUGGAACUUAGUUUUCUAGGUAUUAAAACCACUUGGAUUUUUUAAGUACCUGGUGAAGUCAUCAGGUAAAUUAAAGGACUUUUGAAAAAAGA